UGCACCCUGUAGAUGGCUAAGCGACAAGUAUGACAUACAACCGGUCGAAUACCUUCCCAUGAGAUAGAUCAGUCAUGCAAUGGAGGGAUCGGACGAUGAAGAUCCCCUCGCUCUAUUGCCCAAGAAAAGGCAUCGUACCACGGUGCUCCACGAGCCGUUCCAGAAGAGCGAUGCCGAUGCUACCACUACGGCAGCUCCGAUAGUCGAUGUUGUGCCUACUUCUGAUUCAGAGGAAGCUCAGGAAGAUCUGUUCGGCUCGAAAGGAUGGGGCAGCUGUGCAGGCAUCUUGAAUGACCCAUCGGUUGUCGUAUGUAAGGGGUCGGGCGGACCAGCCGUUGGCGCAGAAAGCGGACGUGUCGUAGAGAGAACCGGGAUGGAACCCGUAGCCGUCCCUUCAGUAUCGCCUCCUCUCGCCUCGAUUACCGAUUACCCCAAACAGCACGAUGUUCAGGACGAUACCCCCGACCCUCAGACAUUAUCGUCUGCAGAGUUUCCAUCGGGGCUAACAUGUCCGUCGUCUGAGCCGGAAGGAAGGAACAGUAGAUGCACAACAGCACUUGAUGGUGCCAUAGCCCUCAAAGAAGCAGGCUAUCUGGAACCGUCCGGACCCUCAGAAGCUGUGAUUCCGAACGUAUUCCGAACGCAUAACACCCACGCUCAACCGAACGGGAUCUUCUCGGAAAACUUGGAUGUCAUUGCCAUGGACGUCGAGGAUGAUCAGGGGCCAAGUGCAAUUAGCGUGAUGCCUGCCAGCGAUACUGCAAUGACUACUCGACAGGCUAACUCUCAACCGGAUCUCCAAAGCCCAGAGGUUGAAGAUGUCCUCAAGGCUUUUGGAGACAGGGUGCCCGGACAGAGGAUAGCAGCUGAUGAUGAUAUGGGAAUCGAUCCUCAACCCGUCAAGGAGCAGCACGAGCCUUCCAAUGACGCAAUCGAGAAUCAUGAUCACCGAGAAAGAACGAGCGUCGAUCGAGAUAUCAGCUUUGAGCCCUUCUUCGAUACGGAAGGUCCGGGAAUGAUGGCGGAAUCUGCACCAACCGCUUCUCAACCUCCAUCAGACCAUCUCUUGUCGGCCCUCAGGAACGAUGUCGCUUCGAUUACAGGCUCGCCAGUCAGACCGACUGGUUCUUUACCAAGAGCUCGCACGAGGUCGCCGAGCUUGUCGCCAGCUCCUGCAAUAUCCCCGAGCAAUGGGCUGGCACCCAGACCUGCUAGUCCGUCUCCGACACCGCAGCUUAUUGAGCCGGAGCUAGACCCUGCGCUUCUAGCGUUCCAAAAUGCAAGGACUUUUCGUCGUCGUACGGCCAUUCAGUUGCAACCUUAUACGCGCGAAAAGACCAAAUACAGAGCAAUGGUACGCAAGGGAGGCAGACUGUUGAUUGCCGAAUUGCUACACGAUGACCCUGAUAGGGCCGCCAUCACAGCAAGUCUGCAGGAGUCGGGGGAUAGUCAAUUUCGAGAAGAUCAGCCGGAGGUUCCUGAAGAGCCUGAAAUCGACAUGGCAGUCUCACCGCCUGUCACGCCUAGUGAUCAAGAUUAUGCAGAGCAUUUCCAGCUGUAUGGAGAAGUCGCAGACGAGGCGACGGACCCACGGUUGCAAGCACUAGCAAAGACCAGGUUGAAACUCGAGCGCCAGGAGGCUAAGAGGAAGGCAAGAGCAGAUAGAGAGGCCCGACAGUACAUGGCUUUCCUUGAGAAGGAGAUCAAGGAGAGAGAGCGUGUCAAGCGGUUGGAGGAGAAGGAAGCCAAGCGAAAGCUGAGGGAAGAAAAGCUGAAGGAACGGCAAGCCGUUAGGGUUCCAAGUGAACCCGAUACUCCGCGAGCUAGGAGACCGGUCCCUAAACAGCGAUCUACGACGAAACGAUCUGUGCCGGUUGCAGGAAGCAGCUCUGGCUCCGAAAACGACAUUCAGCCAAGCGUCAAGCGUCGAAAGCUGGUUAAGCGGGCAGGCUCAUCCGAAGCUGAAGGAAGCCAUCGGACAGGUGGAAGAGGAGAGCUUCGCGAGUCUCGCACGGCGUCCCCCUUGCGAGUCUCACAGCGUGACGACAUGAGCCAAGGCGAUCGUGAUGAUUCGCACUCGAGAAUUGACGCUUUCGACUCUCAUGUCGGGCCGUUCGAAGAGUUUGACUUUGAUAUGGGGGAUGACGAGUUGCCGGAAUUGACCUUCGAUAUCGCGACCAGUCCUCGCGUACCGCUUUCUUCAAGCCGAACUAUCAAUCUGGCUACCCCGAUAUCUAUUCCCGCAACAAGUGACGAUUCGGAUUCGAGCGAGAAGAUUGACGGCCCUCGGGAAAAAGUGAAAGCGCUGAAGCGAGUCAUGCCAGCCCUGUUGGCCAAGAAGCUGGCUGAUAAGGCAGAGGCAGACUACCAAGCGCGACAGCGCCGCAAGGCCUUGAAAGCCAGAGAAGCGGAGGUUGCGGCUCGAGCCCGCCCCGGUCAAGCUGUCCGGCGCAAGGCAAAUGCGCCCUCACACCGACAAGGCGUAGAAGGGCUGUUUGACGACGAUCCUUCGGUGGGAAGAGAUGAUGAGACCCCACAUUUCGCGUUAGAGAGACCGCCCGAUCCGAUGAUAAACAUUUUUACAGACGACGAACAGGACGAUGACUCCGUGCUUCCGAGCGAUUCUGGCGGCUCUUCGCAUGAGAGCCAGUAUCAGAAUGAACGAGUACGGCAGUUUCAAGUUGGAGAUUUCGACAGCCUGCUUCACGGGCCUCGAAAAGCUCGCCCAACCAAAUUGCCACCGAAGCAAGGGUCGAAGGCGCUUUUCAGACGACCUCGAGUCGAUGCGAGGCAGCAGCGCAAAUCUCAAUCGCGGAGGCCUCAGGAGCAUGCUGGGAUGCCACACAGUCCCGCGAACCUGAAUAAAGUUUCUGCGAAGAGACCUCGCAGGAAGCGACGCAUUCUGGAUGACAGAACCAUAUUCGAGGUAGAGACCAGCUCGGCGGUGGUUACUCGCGCUCGUCCUAGAUCAGGGAGUAGGGAUCAGCUGGCUCGACCCGUCGAAAAGCGAGCGUUCACCAGGACGCCAUCGGCAGUCACAGCUGUGAAAAAUACAAACCGGAACAGCGCCUCGCCUGUUAGAUCGGGCCUCGAUCUUGUACCGGAGCCCGUCGCAUCAACGACCUCAAAUAGGCAUGCCACCGUGUCUGAAGCAUCUGACAUGUGGGACGAUUUGCAAGACUUUCAAAUCGAUUUCGCGAUAAAGCCCUUGCAAACAGGAGUGGAGUUCGGUAUUGCCUCCUUUAUCGGGUCAGGAAAGCUCCGGAAUCAUAUCGACUAUUUGGAUGGGCGCGACCGUCUUUUUGCAGAAGGGAGCAUUGAAGCGAUAGGUCUGGCGUUCGAGACAUCAAUGGAAGUCUCGGCAUUCAUCGCGCUUUUGCCUAUUGCUUUGGACAAGAUUAAAGACGAUGUCCUGGCCGUCAUGAACGAUCGACUGGAGCCUCAGAUGUCAGCGGCGCCUCGCCUGAUCUCCUUCCUGAUCUCAUACCUUGCCAACGCGGAUUGCAACGACUCCGACUUGCGUCAAGUCCAGCUUGCAUUUCAGGCUCUGAAAGGCAAUCUCCAGGAUCUCUCCGUGCCUCGAUCAGCAAGAGAUCGCAACCAAGCUUUCUUUCUACUGGAGGUCAGGCUCUCUCUUGCAAUUGCGCCGAUGGUUUUAUCACGCGUCGACGAGCGUUUGGAAUCGCCUACCGCAUACGAUUACGAUUCGUUAGUAUGUGAGCAAAUUGCUGCAGUUAUAGAAGGCUUGCUGCAGUAUGGCUUCGAUCGAACCAUGAAGCCCUUGAAGGCGAUUAUGAACUUCGAAGCGGAAGACGGGAUCGUCGAUGACUUCUCUGCGGAAUGCUGGGUUGUCGUCCUUCACCUAGCAUCUUGUUGGGAUCGCAAGCCUGUCUUGCAAGCUCGGGACGCUUCGACACUCCAGCAAUGUCUAGAUCGCGCUUUAAAUUUAGCUUUUGAAGGCAGGCACGCGGGUCCGCGAGCAAGCGAACGGAUUUGGUAUUUGACUAUUGGCCUAGCGGCGUUGUCGCAAUUCGACAAUGCCGGUAAGGUUCCUUCGAAUCUGUCAGUGCCUACUCGCUGGUUUCUCGUACGGAAAGCGUUGAGUUCCAUCAAGAUAGUGUCACCUACUGAAGAGGAGGAGACCAAAAGGCGACAUCAACUCAAGCCUCGGGAUAAAUACAUCAAAAUCGUGGUCAUCCGGUGCUUGCAAUUGACCAGUGUCUGGCGAUGGCAUUGCGAUCGUGAGAGCUUUACCAUUGCCACGAAAGACUUGGGCGUCGUCUUUCGGGACAGGGCUUUGCGAGGGUUGCCUAACGAAACCUUCGCCGAUUACCCGGUCUUCAUUCGCCAAUUCAACCGAACUUUGGCCGAAGAGAUAGAUAUGGAGGAGUCCGCCUACAACCUAUAUCUCCAGCUCGUCUGUCUAUGCGCAUCGGACAUUGUCACGAUGCCCUCGAGUCUGGAUGAAGCUAAACAAGCAGCAGCCGAUGUCAAAAGGCUCAUGCUCUCUAUCGUACCGUUUAGUCCUGUGCGAUAUCAAGAAGGCAAGGUACCAACCGACAGGCAGCUGAGCGCCUUGAUAAAUCGCUUCAGCACCGCGGUUAUCGCCGCCAUUUUCGACAUCACCCUGAUGCCAUAUCUGCUGGGCAAUACUCGAAAGUGGAUCAACUUUGCUUCGGCAGACACAGAGAGUCGCAGGACAUGCAUCCGUGGUUUAAUGUACCUGGGUGUCGCCGCCCGUCAUCACGGGGAGUCGUUAACGGGAAUCGUAGGGGAACUAUCGAGCCAUUUCGAAGUCGUACAACGGGAGAAAUCUCGAUUGGAAGCGGCAAACGCGAACGACCGUGCGAUUCUAGAGCACGCUCGACUGUUGGUGCUGAUUGUCAGCUGUUUCAAGACGUUGAUCUGUACUCACUCGUUCGACGCCGAAGUAGAAGCACAGCCCAGGUACCCAGAUCCAGAACUCCUGGCCCCUUGCUGGACGCAGAGACUACGAUCGGCAGAGCUGGUUGCUGAUCGCAAAGCUGGACUCGAAGUCGUCGCCUGUGUGCAAAGCUUUUUGGACGCGCGGGCGUCAGCUCUCCCCGCAAGAUCGAAAACUCGACGACCUGUCACUGACGACCCUGGGGAGGACAGUCAACAAAGCGACUACAGCGCUAUGGGGCUGGAUUUUACGGAUGCGGACCUCUUGGCGAUUGACGAGUUAGGAGCGGUAGUCGCUCCGGAAGCGCGGCUGGAUGCGGGGGUUGCAUCGAUUCUUGCCGAUUCGAUCUCGCCGGGUAUCUACGCGCUCCUGUCGAAUACCAUGUCGGAAUCCUGGCAACGGUUUUCGGGGCAAACCCGGGCGGAACGACAGCUGUAUAUUUCAGCAAUGACGCGUUGUUGGGCGGAGUGUGCGAGUAUCUUGGUAGUGGAUCAUCAUUUACGAGACUGGGACACGUACCUAGCCUAUGGGCAGGAGUCUUGGGAACGGUUGGGUGACGAGAUCGGUAAACGUCAAGUUGGAAUGAACUUCAUGCUCAACGUGGCGCAGCUCGACCCGCCAGUUUUGACGGCAUACGGCGACACCUUCAUACUUUUGAUAUUGCAGGCUUUAGUCGCGCAACAGAUCACCAUUGAACCAACCUUUGUGUCGACGGUUUUGCAAGCCUCCUCAAGUCAGGUUCACUUUCUACUUGGGGACACGUGGCCAAAUGAUAUCAGCACCUUCAACCGAGCGGACUAUCUUAAGAAUCGUCUAUCGAUUUUGAAAGUGAUUUUCAAGAAUGCUGGAAAGGCAUUGCAGUUUGGCAGCGCUGUUGCGGGUAGCAGCAAGCCGUUCGUUUAUCGGUGCAUCAAUCACGUUCUGGCAGCGAUGCAACAGAACUACUCGCUUAUCGACCUGCGCAAGGGAGUGCUGAGAUCCGACUAUCGCGCCUUUACGAAUGAGGUGGUACAGGCCAUCCGGGACGAGUCGAACGCAAGCAUAUCCGAGGCGUCUGUUCCAAAGCUCAAGCAAUUCCCCCUUCCUGAGCCGAUCUCAUAGCGUAGAUUAACGCACUACUUGUCCAUCUGACCAUGUAAAGAUCUGUUGGACGAAUUGGCCGACGGCAACAACAUGGGCACUUGUCGUGGUUGUUCUCUCAGUCCAACUGCGCGGUGGAGAUCAGGUUCCGCACUCGAGCCAGCCGCCGUGGCAUGCUUCGACAGAGAUCAGAGAAACAUCGACCGGACGUGCAGUUCAGAUUGACCGGUCACUCUCGUCUUUCUGCUCACAA